UCAGAGCGGAGCGUGUGCUUCCGUCUCCAGGAAGUGGUGAAAGUACGGCAGCGAGUUUUGGGAUUAAAUUCGUACUAAUUAUUAAAUGAAUGAUAAAUUUGGUUAAACGGAUAUAAAUUUGCAGGACUGAUGGAGUGGGAGCAGGACGAGGCGUGUCACUCUCAUGGACACGGGCACAUGAAUGACGGCUGCCAUGGACACGGUGGGCACUCCCACAGCCACGGGCCGGGGGGCAUGGCGCACGGGUUCAUGCCCGGUUUCCACGGGCAGUUCGUCCAAAGGAGUGACAGCAUGCUGGACUCCACACAGCAGCCCAAAAAAUACUUGCACAUCGACGACAGCAGCAGCUGGGACAUUGUCAAGGCCACGCAGUUUGGAGCGCUGGAGCGGUGUAAAGAGCUGGUGGAAGCUGGUUAUGAUGUCCGGCAGCCGGAUAAAGAGAACGUUACUCUUCUGCACUGGGCCGCGAUUAAUAACAGAGCAGAUCUCGUCAAGUAUUACAUUGCCAAAGGUGCGGUGGUUGACCAGCUGGGCGGAGACCUGAACUCCACCCCAGUCCAAUGGGCUAUAAGACAGGGUCACCUGCAGAUGGUGAUCCAGCUGAUGCGUUAUGGUGCUGACCCCUCAUUGGCUGAUGGGGAGGGUUACCGUGGUCUGCACCUCGCUGUGCUCUUCCAGCACAUGCCUAUAGCAGCGUACCUGAUGGCCAAGGGACAGGAAGUGGAUGUCCCAGACUCAAACGGACAGACGUCGUUGAUGCUGGCUGCACAGAAGAUCAUUGGGCCGGAGCCGACCAACUUCCUGUUGAAGUGUAACGCAUCAGUAAACGCGGUGGAUAAAGUGAACAGGAACUCUCCACUGCACUGUGCCGUGCUGGCGGGAAACGUGGACGCAGUGCACAUCCUGCUGGAGGCCGGAGCCAGCGUGGAUCUGCAGAACGCUAAUGGUCACACACCUAUAGACCUUGCCCACCAGGUGCAUAGCCCCCUCCUGAUCCACAUGCUGAACGUGGUGCAGAAAGAGCGCAUCAAAUCUAACUCCCCUUGUCUGAGAGUGCUCAACAAAUACCGGGUGUGUGUGCAGUGUGUGUUCAGCGUGUGUGUGCUGUGGGCAGUGGGAGCUGUGUUAGAUAUGAACUCUGAGUCGUGGCUGCUGAAGGGUGUGCUGCUGGCAUGUAUCCUCGCCGUCAUCAACCUCACCUGCAGGCGGUUGGCAACCGCAGCAGUUCAGGCCCUGAUUCCCUCCACAGCUCUCAUCGCCUCUAUAUUCUGGAUGCUGGUCACUUGGUGUUUCUGGUUUCUGCCUGAUGGUCCCAGUGCUUCAGUGCAGGUUUUGUUCACCCUCACUGUGACGUCUCUGCUGUAUUAUUUCUUCCGAACAUGCCGGACAGACCCCGGGGUCAUCAGGGCGACGGAGGAGGAGAAGAAGAAGAACAUUGUGGUUUUGGCUGAAGCAGGUUGUCUGGACCCCAGAAUUUUCUGCACGUCAUGUAUGAUGAGGAAGCCGAUGAGAGCUCAUCACUGUUUCAUCUGUAACGCCUGCAUCGCCAAACAGGACCACCACUCCAUCUGGAUCAACGGCUGCAUCGGUGCGAGGAACCAUCAGUUUUUUGUCCUCUUCCUCAUAACUCUGAAUCUGCUGGGAGUCUGGAUGUUUUACGGCAGUAUUAAGUACUGGUCGAAUCACUGCAUGGCCAAGUCUUCAGAGCAGAAUCUGUGGGGUUUUGUGACGGGGCUGGUUGGAUGUUCUCCCUGGGUGCUCUACAUUUUCUGCAUGACGUUCUUCCAUGUGACCUGGGCCUCCAUCCUACUCACUCACCAGCUUUACCAGAUUGCAUUUCUCGGUCUAACAACUGCUGAGAGGUCGAGUCUGAUGCUCAGUCAGAGGAAGCUCCCUCACUCCUUCUCUCUCAGACAGAACCCCUUCAAAAUUCUCUCUCUCUAUCUCUCUCGCUCUGGAAGCCGUGGAGUGCUGAAGAACCUGGUGAACUUCUUCCAGCUGCGUUGCUGUGGUUUGUGUAAGCCGCUGGUGCUGGACUGGACGCAGGAGUUUCCGAUGGGCCUCAACAGAGACCACCCGAUGUUCAACAGCAUGGACCCCGUCUGACCCAACAGAGGCCCCCGACCUCUUACCAACUUCACAUUUGUCAGCCUUUCGGCAUAAAAGACUGGACUCAGAUUUGGGUGGUUUGGUACGUUUAGCAUCUUCGUCUGUAUUUAACAGGAAGUAUGCAGCCUGAAUACGGUCGAGCUCAUGAAGGUCCUGUUUGCCUUAUAAACUCUCUAUAAAGGCUCUAUAUGAAGAUGAUUGUUACUACAGACAUAGAUGUAUAGAAAUAUAUAUAUAUAUAUAUAUAUAUAUAUAUAUAUAUAUAUAUAUAUAUUGGUAUAUUUUGAUCUGAAAUAUUUUGUAAGCAUUGAAACAGUCAGCUGUUUCAUGUAUAUAAACUCCACAAGUGCUUUUAUUAUAUCGAGCCUUUGCUUUUUUUAUAUGGAAAUAGACCACUGUCUGCAGACUGGAGCAAAGUCUGCUUUUUUCACAGCUUGAUGUCAGGAGGAUGUAGAUUUUUGCACAAUUCAAAAUUAAAAUGAUUAAGAUCAGAGUUCUCUAUAAAUUGCCAAGUAUUUUCUUUUUUUCAUUUCCCUCCAACAUUUUUACAGCUUUGCCUCUGUCUGGCAAUAUAAGGAUUAAUGAUUCAUUUGAAAUCAAAUUGGCAAGUUUUUCCCUCCAAAAUUCACAACCCAUACUUUUUUACCGACCAUCAGAGAUAACGGCUGCAUGGAAAAUUUUGGCACAUCACAAUUUUCUUAUAAUUUGUUCAUGGUAAAAUUGUGUUUAGUCACUGCUAUCAUUAUUUUUUUCUUUCCCCUUCUAAAGGUUUCACCUUAACACUCCAACGAAGAGGCCAAGGUGCUUAUAAUCAUGUUAAUAAUAUUAUCAUAGAUUUGGUCUUACACGAUUUACGCAUAAUUUGUUGAUGAUAAAAAGGAUUUGUCCACUAUGAUCAUUAUAUGUUCAGCUGAACUGUUGACCUCGGCUCUAAACAUUCCUACUGUUACAGUAAUGAUGUUUUACUGUGACAGUAAUAAUUUACUGUGUAAAAGAUUAAUACUGGCACAAAGAAACAUUACCAUCACAGUAAACCAUCAUUGCGGUCACUGUAAAUCUUUACAAUGAUGGUAAUGACGUUUUACAGCGAUGGUAAUGAUUUACUAUGACAGUAAUGACAUUUUACAGCGAUGGUAAUGAUUUACUCUGACAGUAAUGAUAUUGGUCUUUGACUAUCAGCUCCAGUCUCAGUGCAGCUCUGUAGGCCUGGAGUUUAUUACAUAUCGCAGAAUUUCUAAGCCAGAUACUCAAGCCUGUCCUAUAGGAGAAGAGUAGAGUUCAGGUGCAUUUCUUUUGGACAGUCCUCAAUUUGGGUGUAAGUCAUCUUGCAAAACUGAGAAAUCCUGCUUUGUGAAAUAUCUCCCAGAAUGCUCUGCUUUAUUUUCCUGUGAACUCAGUGACUUUGAAUGAGUUUCUUUCUCAGUAUAUGUUGUUUUUCCACAAACAGGGAAGAACUUUGUGCUGUACUCAGUUCUAUUCUUGGAAUAAAAGCAGCUGUUUUUGUAACUCA